AUGGGAACGUUAGAGGCUGCCCAUUGUGCAACCGCAGUGAGCCAACAGUUCCCAAAUGUCCGACUCGCUUUGAUGGUCGGAAUCGGCGCGGGGAUCCCAGGCCUGCCUAAGCGAGGUAUCCGCCUGGGAGAUCUUGCAGUCAGCAUUCCUCAAGAUGGACAUUCUGGUGUUAUUCAAUACGACUUUGUCAAGUAUGAACAAGGAAGAGAGUUGGUGAAGAGGCACCCACUGAAAAGGGUUAUACUGAGUAUCACCAAGAAUCAGGGGUUCGAACGUCCACAUAAAGAUGAUAUCCUCUUCGAUGAAAGCUUCUUCCAUGUCAACAAAGGGUCCGAUUGCAGUGAGUGUGAGGCUGCCGGUAGCGAUCAUGUUAUACCCCGUGAACCACGGCGCGAUCACCAACCUGUUGUCCACCGAGGUCUCAUUAUAUCGGGAAAUGGAGUUGUGAAGAAUCCUCAGGAGCAGCGCAGCUUAAAACGAGACCAAACCGACGCAAUAUGCUUUGAAAUGGAGGCCGCAGGGAUUAUAGAUGAAAAUCCUUGUCUAAUAGUGCGAGGCAUUUGUGAUUAUGCCGACACGUCCGCAUUCAGCAUCUAUCAUUUCGAGAUUUUUUAG